AUGGCAGACCCCGGUGAAGAAAAGGAGACACAGGCACCCAAAGCUGUUUCAAACAGCAACGCUAUCAACAUUGAGUCUCCUUCGGACAGUGGUUCUGAGAGCGGGAAUGCGGUUCACUUGAAUGAGAAGCACGGCGAUGAUAUCGAAAGAAUUGAAUCUAGAUCCGACCAGGAAGAUGACAAACCGAAAGAGCCGCUCGCGGCUACUAGAAGUUAUGCUACAGACGCCAGUGUGGCCACGACACCCGCCCCACGAUAUGCGGAAAAGCCCUGGUAUAAGAAGUUGAAUCCCAUGCGAUGGGGCGCCAUACCCGAAGUUCCCAAGGAGCGUAUAGUCUCUAGAGAGUAUGAGGCCGGUUUCUUCAGCAGACUCACGUUCCAAUGGGUGAACCCGCUUAUGACUGCUGGGUACAGACGCCCAUUAGAGAAAGAGGAUAUCUGGCUCGUCAACCCGGACAGAGCAGCAGAACCAAUGACGCUCAGAGUCAAGGAGGCAUUCAAGAAACAUAGAGAAAAGGGCUCAAAACGACCUUUGCUUUAUGCCUUACACGAUAGCUUCACAUUUGAAUUCUGGCUCGGCGGACUUUGUUCACUCAUCGCAUCCUUUAUGCAAGUUUUGUCGCCUUUUGUCCUUCGCUACUUGAUCCAGUUUGCAACCGAUGCCUAUGUCGCCCACGUUAGCCACACUCCUGGUCCUCAUAUUGGUCGCGGUGUCGGGUUGGCCGUUGGUGUUACUCUCAUGCAGAUCGUCCAAAGCGUAUGUAUCAGCCACUUUAUCUACCGAGGUAUGAUGAUGGGUGGUCAAACUCGCGCGGUCUUGAUUGGCAUGAUUUACGAGAAAUCCAUGGUCAUUUCGGGUCGUGCUAAAGCUGGUGCCACCAAGGCGGCCAUAACGCCUGGAACAAGCGAACAAGAAGAUCAGGACAAAGGCAACAAGAAGAAGGCGAAGAAGGGGAAGAAGGGAGCUCCAGAGGAGCUCCUGGGCUGGGGCAACGGCCGCAUUACUAGCUUGAUGAGCGUCGAUACCUACCGUGUUGAUCAAGCCUCAGCUCUCUUACACAUGACCUGGACCUCUCCUCUUUCCUGUAUCAUCACAUUGGUCCUGUUGUUGGUCAAUCUGACUUACAGUGCUCUGGCUGGCUUUGGCCUCUUGAUUAUUGGUGUCCCUCUCAUCACAAGGGCCAUGGCGUCGCUUUUCCGCCGGAGGAAGAACAUCAACAAGAUUACCGACGAACGUGUAUCACUCACCCAGGAAAUUCUCCAGUCGGUUCGAUUUGUCAAGUAUUUUGGCUGGGAGAAGUCUUUCAUUGAUCGUCUUGCUCAGAUUCGGGCUAGGGAGAUCUUCUCUAUACAGAAAUUGCUCGCCAUCCGUAAUGCGAUCAAUGCUGUCAGCAUGUCCAUGCCCAUCUUUGCGUCUAUGCUGGCCUUCAUCACUUACUCCCUAACCAACCACGGCCUGGCACCCGCAGAGGUUUUCUCUUCCCUGGCGCUUUUCAAUGGUCUUCGAAUUCCGCUCAACUUGCUGCCCCUUGUUCUUAGUCAAGUGACCGAUGCUUGGUCUUCCCUUCAGCGAAUUGAACAAUUCCUUCUCGAAGAAGAACAAGAGGAAGAUGUCAUUCUCAAGCCUGAAGGAGAGUAUGCGAUUGAGCUCGUCAACUCCUCCUUUACCUGGGAAAAGACACCCUCCAAGGAAGCCGACAAAGGUGCUGCUGGCAAAACCAAGAAGGACACGAAAAAAAAGGAAGCUCUCAAGCCUACUGCUCAACCUGCAGCUACUGAGGAUUCCGCUAGCACCCUGGUGGAAGAACGUGAACCUUUCAAGCUACAGGAUCUUAAUAUACAGGCUGGUCGAAACGAAUUGAUUGCAGUCAUUGGUACUGUCGGCAGUGGCAAGAGUUCUCUGCUCGCCGCUUUGGCGGGUGAUAUGCGUAAAACUGAAGGUGACGUCGUUUUUGGCGCAUCCAGAUCUUUCUGCCCUCAGUACGCAUGGAUUCAAAACACCACUUUGCAGAACAACAUUACGUUUGGCAAGGAUAUGGACCGUGAAUGGUACAAGGAAGUUAUUCAAGCAUGUGCCCUUCAAGCUGAUUUGGACAUGCUUCCACAUGGUGAUCUUACCGAAAUUGGUGAGCGUGGUAUCACAAUCUCUGGUGGCCAGAAGCAGCGUCUCAACAUUGCACGAGCUAUUUACUUUGAUGCCGAUAUUGUUCUCAUGGAUGACCCCCUUAGUGCUGUUGAUGCUCACGUCGGUCGCCACAUCUUUGAUAAUGCUAUUCUGGGUCUCCUUAAGGAUAAGUGCCGUAUUCUCGCUACUCACCAGCUUUGGGUUCUUUCUCGUUGCGAUAGAAUUGUUUGGAUGGAUGCCGGCAAGAUCCAGGCCGUUGAUACCUUUGACAAUUUGAUGCGAGACCACAAGGGCUUCCAGGACUUGAUGGAAACAACUGCCGUUGAGAAGAAGGAAGAAGAAGCAGAAGAAGAAGAAGAAGACGACAAGCUGAAACAACUCGUCCUGACUGAAACCGCCGAAGCUCGCAAAGCCAAGAAGAACAAGAAGGGCGCGGCUCUCAUGCAGCAGGAGGAAAGAGCUGAGGCCAGUGUGCCUUGGUCCGUUUACGGUGCCUAUGUUCGUGCUUCUGGAACUAUCAUGAACGCCCCCCUCGUCAUCUUUGUCCUUGUGCUCUCCCAAGGCGCCAAUAUCAUGACCAGCUUGUGGCUGUCGUAUUGGACUUCGGACAAGUUUGGACUGUCAAUAGGCCAAUACAUUGGCAUCUACGCCGGCCUUGGCGCCGUGCAAGCCUUGCUCAUGUUCCUCUUCUCCGUCUUGCUGUCUAUCCUGGGAACCAACUCCAGCAAGGUCAUGCUUCGCGAGGCCAUGUUCCGAGUUCUACGCGCGCCCAUGUCAUUCUUUGACACUACGCCACUAGGUCGCAUCACGAAUCGAUUCUCGCGUGACGUCGAUGUCAUGGAUAACAAUCUCACGGAUGCCAUCAGAAUGUACUUCUUCACCCUGUGCAAUGUCACUGCUGUCUUUGCGCUCAUCAUCGCAUACUUUCACUACUUCGCUAUCGCUCUUGUUCCCCUGUACUUUUUGUUCAUCGGCGCCGCUUCGUACUACCGCGCAUCGGCCCGAGAGGUCAAGCGUUUCGAAUCAGUCCUGCGAUCCACCGUCUUUGCCAAGUUUGGCGAAGGUCUCUCGGGAGUGGCUUCGAUCCGCGCUUACGGGCUCAAGUCCCGGUUUAUCCAGGAUCUUCGCCAGUCGAUUGACGAGAUGGAUAGUGCUUACUUCCUUACCUAUUCGAACCAGCGCUGGUUAUCCCUUCGAAUCGACAUGAUUGGUAACCUCCUUGUUUUCACUGUUGGAAUCCUUGUUGUUACUUCACGAUUCAGCGUCAAUCCUUCCAUUGGUGGUCUAGUCCUCAGUUACAUUCUGUCCAUUGUGCAGUUGCUUCAGUUCUCCAUCCGCCAAUUGGCCGAAGUCGAGAACGGCAUGAACGCUGUCGAACGUCUCCGCUACUACGGCAAUGAGCUUGAAGAAGAAGCCCCUCUUCAUACUGUUGAUAUUCGCGAAUCUUGGCCUGAGAAGGGAGAGAUAAUCUUUGACAACGUCGAGAUGCGUUACCGAGACAAUCUACCUCUGGUUCUCAAGGGCUUGUCCAUCCACAUCCGGGGUGGAGAGCGUAUUGGCAUCGUUGGCCGUACUGGCGCGGGAAAGAGCUCCAUUAUGAGCACUCUGUUCCGUCUUGUCGAGAUCUCUGGAGGGUCCAUCACAAUUGAUGGUAUCAACACCGCUACCAUCGGUCUGUUUGACCUGCGUUCCCGCCUUGCCAUUAUCCCUCAAGAUCCUACUCUAUUCAUGGGCACUGUGCGCAGCAAUCUUGACCCCUUCCAAGAGCAUACUGAUUUGGAGCUUUGGUCUGCCCUUCGACAGGCCGAUCUCGUACCCGCGGAUGCUAACAUGGAAGACCGCAAGGCUGAUGCUUCACGCAUUCAUCUUGAUAGCGUUGUUGAAGAAGACGGCCUUAACUUUUCCCUCGGCCAGCGCCAGCUCAUGGCCCUCGCCCGUGCUCUUGUCCGCGGCUCACAAAUCAUUGUCUGCGACGAGGCUACUUCCAGCGUGGACAUGGAGACGGAUGACAAGAUCCAACGAACCAUGGCUACCGGUUUCAAGGGCAAGACUCUCCUCUGCAUCGCUCACCGUCUCCGCACCAUCAUUGGCUACGACCGCAUCUGCGUCAUGGACAAAGGUCGCAUUGCUGAGCUGGCCACGCCUCUGGAGCUGUGGAAGAUGGAUGGCAUCUUCAAGAGCAUGUGCGACAGGAGUGGCAUUCGCGUAGAGGAUAUUGAGCACGCGAAGCUCGAGUUAGACCAACUGGAUGCUGCCGCUGCCGCUGCCGUUGCCAACCCCUAA